UUGUAUUCUCUUAGACUCUGACACACCUUUUUUUCCUCUUAUUAAUUCCAUUAUAAAUUUCAACCGCGCUUUCGAUCUCAUCUAUAUAGAGAACUGUGAAAGCGGUUUGUGUCGUUUUCGGGCUUUUCCAGGCCAUGGCAGAUGUGCAAAGGAGAGGCAAAGCAUUGGAAGAUGAAGAUUUUCAAGAAAUAGAGGAGUGGCCUUCGCUCAAUGAGUUCUCAAAGGGGAAAAAAUCCAAAAAAUAUUCUUCCAGUUCUUCAUCGUCUAUGUCUGCAUGGGAUUUAUCUUCUGCACCAACAGUGAUCCCAAAAGCAAACAGUGGCAGCCAUGAACAAGUGGUAACCGGCAGAACUGGCUGGCUGUCAUCGGCUCUGGUGGACAUUCCCGACUGGUCGAAGAUCUUAAAGAGGGAUUCAUCAAACCAAGAAUUAUGGGAUGGUGAAUGUGAUUCUGAUGAUGGUACUAGGAAAAGAUUGUUCGAUGAUUUUGAGACUGAAGACGGCAAAGAAAUGGUUCCACCGCAUGAAUAUUUAGCCCGGAGACUCGCCGUAACUCAGAUUGCUUCAUUUUCAAUGUUAGAAGGUGUUGGAAGUACCCUCAAGGGACGAGAUCUCAGCAAGUUAAGGAAUGCCAUUUUAACCAAAACCGGUUUUCUUGAAUGAAACCUCCAUGUCUACCACCGUCUAGACGGCUCGAUUUGUGUGUCCCGUCUGGUCAUUUCUUCAUUUUUUUUCUCGUGUUACUAGGGUUGCUGAAUAUUUACUGAUUUUAACAUUUACCGCA